CGCUAGGAUUUCUCAACCAUCGACAGCGGUUGUGCAAACGAGAACCCUUUUUAGCUAUGAGCAUUGCAUGGUCAGAUUUGAUAAUAGAAGAAGAUAUCGCGGCGGGCAACUUUGGAGUUGUAAGGAGGGCAGAUUAUCUGGGCACCGACGUUGCCAUCAAAGAAUUCCUUGACAUUGCCGAUCAACCAGACUUUAAUCUGCAGAAAUACGUGGGGAGAGAACUGGAGAUUUUGAGUGCCUCACGACAUCCCAACAUUGCUCAGUUUAUGGGAAGUUGUGUCCAUGAGAACAAGGUUUAUCUCAUUACAGAGUAUGUCAGCGGCGGGAACUUAAAGAAAUGGAUUCAAAAUGCCACCAAGCCGGCGUCAUGGCGUCUCCGAGUUAGUUUUGCAACGGACAUUGCUCGUGCUCUAGUGUACUUGCAUGCACACAGUAUCAUUCAUAGGGAUCUUAAAUCUGAAAAUUUACUGGUCACUGAAAACUGCCGUUUGAAGCUUUGCGAUUUUGGGUUGUCAAGAGAAACAGCCAAAACAGCCGAGGAACUCAAAAGGAUGUCAUUUUGCGGGACCGAUGGAUAUAUGGCACCAGAGAUCAUGCUGGGAAUGGACUUUGACGAACGUGUCGACGUUUUUUCCUUCGGGGUUAUUCUAUGCGAAAUAGUGACAUGGUCGGUAGCCGACCAGGAACACUUUCGUAGAGAAAUUCCAUACUUUGGAAUCGAUCCUGCAACCGUGGUGCCGGAUGCAGGUUGUCCGCCAGAACUAUUGAAAAUAGCUCUCUCAUGUACCGAUGCCGACGCGACCAAGAGACCACAACUUAAGGAGGUACUACAACAACUGAGAAAGCUUGAAGUGGAUCUCGCCAAAGAGGAACCUGUAAAUCUAGGAAUACUGGCCCCAGAGCUACCGCUGAUCAACAGCAUGCGACAUUACGGAUCCUCAACCAGCAUCGAUAGUGCAGAUGGAGACUCUUCAUCAUCUUCCAUAUCACUCGCACGACCACGGUCUCACACUGCAUCCCAAACCGAUCUAAGAAUAGAGACACCUCCAUCUAGUGCCAUUUCCUCGUCAUCAAACAAAUCACCCUCCCAGUCUCUUCUAACUGACGAAUGCGUUGAAACCCCCGCAUCUGCGUCACCGGGACAGCUCACUUCAGGGUCAAGUCCGAUUCGGCGAAUUGGCCAUUUUGUGCCCCACCGAUUUUCUCUCUUCGCGACUCCAACCCUAAAUAAGUGUCAAGCGUGCGGCAAGCGUGUUGGCCUCGGCCAUAAGCAUCUCUCGUGCGAUGAUUGCUCUGCCGUCUACCACAGAAGAUGUGCAGCACAAGCUCCACCCACCUGUGGCCUACCAGCAGAUCUACGGUCUUCUUUGGCCAUACUAGAUCCGAGUUCCUCGCACGGCAAGCAGCGUGGUCUCACAGGUUCUAUUUCGUCGAAUAGAGAUCACCUACAAAAGGCUGUAAAUUCCCGAGAACGGGCAGCCAUUAGUUAGAUGUCUGUACUCAAAGGCUAGUCAAAUAGUUGAUGGAGGUGAAGCGCAAAACACCGACGUGCUUAUGUAAUGUGUGGCGAUCACAUUCGAACCCGCCACCUUAGAUGGGUUUGAAAUGCAUUUUAUGGGUUUGUCGCCGCCGUAUUUUUUAUCCCC